AUGUCAACCAAGCAAUACAAGACUGCAGGAGAUGAAGUAUGGAGGAACAGGACAGACAAGGUGUCGAGUGAGCUCUUCACGAUGACUUAUGGCGCGCUAGUCAUCCAGCUCAUCAAAGACUAUCAAGACUACAGUGAAGUCAACAAGCAGUUGGACAAGAUGGGUUACAACAUUGGGACGAGGCUGAUCGAGGACUUCCUCGCUCGAACGAAUAUGCCGAGGUGUACAGAUUUCCGCGACACGGGUGAGGUCAUCAGCAAAGUCGGCUUCAAGAUGUUCCUCAACACUACCCCUACUGUCAUCCACCACAAUCGGAGCUCGAUGCCAGCAGACGCCUCGGGGUCGAAUCCCACCGCCGCUUCGCAGAAUCAGCAACCACAGCAAGAGUUCUCUCUGAUAUUGGAGGAAAAUCCGCUAUCAGAGUUUGUAGAGAUGCCCCCGGACGCACGGGAGGGAGGAUUGUGGUGGAGCAACGUCUUGGCCGGCGUGAUUCGCGGCGCUCUGGAGAUGGUGCAAUUGCAGACAACGGCCUACUUUGUUUCAGACGUACUGAGAGGGGACGAACAGACCGAACUGAGGGUCAGGCUGGUGAAAUUCAUGGAGGAGGAGGCACCGCCGGCUGAUGAUUGA